AUAAGGAUAGAAAUAAAAAGAAAAGGCAAUGCCGUGGUAGAUAGCUGCCACUGGGCAGACUCCGGUGAAGCGGUGACAUGCCCGCCGAUAGCAACCGUAUGAGCACGUGUCUUCACUCUUCCGUCCUUACCACCGCUGCAAUAUAUUUGUUGUCUCAAAGGCACAGCAGACACCUGUAUUCUACUGUUCUUGCCAACAUUCUAUAAAUAUUUUUAAAGAGAAAUCGCUUGUAAUUCGGCAGCUUUUUUUUGGGGUUAAUGUAAUUCUGCAAUUUUAAUCUUCAAGACAUUGCUAGUAAUUACCAAGUGUUUCUUCAAUCUUAUAUUAAUUGAAUUGCCCCAAUUGAACUCUCAUAGACAAACGACUGUUGAAAGGAUGAAGAGAAUAUCACCAAUCUUGAGAAAUGAUGGGAAUUCCUUUGUUCCGGAGAAGAAGAAGAGAUUAAUUGAAGUGAGAGAUCAGGAUUCUUUCACAAGUAAGGGUGAUCGCUCUUCCGGCCAACGUGAAAAUGAAGAAGAGGAAGAGGAGAAGGAGCCUUCAAGUGAAAGCACCAGCCACGGGUACCAUAUGGUUAGAGGAAAAAUGGGGCAUGGAAUGGAAGAUUAUUUAGUGGCAGAAAGUAGAGAAAUCAAUGGUUACAGGUUAGGGCUAUAUGCAAUUUUUGAUGGCCACUCUGGUCUUGAUGUUGCCAAAUACUUGCAAUCCCACCUAUUCGAUAACUUAUUGAACGAGUCUGAUUUCUGGAAGAACCCUGAGCGUGCAAUCAGGAAAGCAUACAAGGCUACCGAUAAUGAGAUUUUGGAUGGAAUAGUUGGUUCAAGAGGAGGUUCAACAGCAGUUACUGCAAUUCUAAUAGAUGAGGAAAAUCUAAUUGUGGCAAAUGUUGGCGACUCCAGAGCAGUCUUGUGUAGAAACGGUGUUGCAAAGCAGUUAUCAGUAGAUCAUGAGCCCCAGAAAGAGAAAGAUCUUGUUGAGAGCAGAGGAGGAUUUGUGUCUAAAGAGCCAGGAAGUGUUCCUCGCGUGGAUGGGCAGUUGGCAAUGACAAGGGCAUUUGGAGACGGGAGACUAAAGGAACAUAUUACUUCUGAAACAGAUGUGAUAACUGAGAUCAUAGACGAGGAUGCUGAAUUCCUCAUUUUGGCAAGUGAUGGCCUGUGGAAGGUGAUGUCAAACCAGGAGGCUUGUGAGUGCAUUGCAGGCUUGGAAGAUGCGCAAGAAGCAUCAGAGAAGUUGAUAGAUGAAGCAUUAGUCAGGGGAAGCAUGGAUGAUAUCUCCUGCAUAGCUGUGGUUUUUCACUGAUCGAAUCCAUGCCUAUGUUAUCAUAUUUUAGAAAAUUCGAACUUCUCUAUGGAAGGGAUACAGAUGCAAUGGAUAUGAUAAAUUGUCUUAAGCAGAUAUGGUACAAUGUGAUAGUGGUACCAAGGGAAGUUCAGUGAAAGAAUUAAUGUACGAGAAUUUAUAGUAGAGACAAUUUUCUCCGUCCUUAAUUAUUUUGUGGCUUAAAUUUCACUCUGGUCUCUUAACUGUAGCCAGCAUCAUAUCACCGUGUCUUGCAUUCAAUUUGAAUUUAAUUUAGUAACAUCAAAAUUUCUUGA